GUUCCUUUCUCUCUCUAAAAUACCAUGCCAAGAUCUUCACUCUAAUUCCAUGGUUUAGAGUUUCUAUUACUGAGAAUUGUUAUCGAAUGCUCGUUAUUAGGUUUAUAUUUGGAAAAAUCUAGGCAAAAUGGAAAUCAAAUGGUGGAUUUUGGCGAUUACGAUGGUAAUUGCAACAGUGGGUAUUGUCGAAGGGGAUCUGUCGAACCCGCCACUGAAGAAGAAGGUGAAGGGGGAAACGGUAUGCAGCCAGGGUUGGGAAUGCCAAGGUUGGUCCAAAUACUGUUGCAAUGAGACCAUAUCUGACUACUUCCAGACCUACCAGUUCGAGAAUUUCUUCUCCAAGAGGAACUCACCGCAAGCCCAUGCCGUCGGAUUCUGGGACUACAGGUCUUUCAUCACAGCCGCCGCCGUUUACCAGCCCUUGGGCUUCGGCACAACCGGCGGCAAGCUCAUGGGGAUGAGGGAGGUCUCCGCCUUCCUUGGUGUUGUGGGCAGUCAAACCUCUUGUGGCUAUGGUGUGGCUACAGGAGGACCUUUAGCAUGGGGUCUGUGCUAUAACAGAGAAAUGAGUCCUAGCCAAUCGUACUGUGAUGAUUCCUACAAAUACACCUAUCCUUGCUCUCCUGGUGCUGAAUACUAUGGACGUGGUGCUAUACCUAUCUAUUGGAAUUUUAACUAUGGAGCUGCUGGGGAAAGCCUCAAGGCAGAUCUGUUGAACCAUCCAGAAUACAUUGAGCAAAACGCUACACUCGCUUUCCAAGCUGCAAUUUGGAGGUGGAUGACCCCAAUCAAGAAGUCCCAGCCUUCAGCUCAUGAGGCAUUUGUGGGCACCUGGAAGCCCACAAAGAACGACACCCUGUCGUACCGACUACCCGGUUUUGGAACCGCCAUGAACGUCCUUUUUGGAGACCAAGUUUGCGGCCAAGGUGACAUUGAUCCGAUGAACAUCAUCAUGUCUCAUUACCAAUAUUACCUUGACUUGUUGGGAGUAGGGCGAGAGCAGGCAGGCCCAAAUCUCUCCUGUGCCGAGCAGAAAGCUUUCAACCCAUCCUCUGCAACAGCUUCUUCCUGAGGUUUGUAUGAUUUGUGUGAAGCAGUUCCUCUGUGUUGUGGAUCAUUGAUAUUCUUCCAUAAAGAACCAUAAAUAAGAAGGGCAAAUAAGCUUUUUAGGUUUGAAGAUGAGUAUCAAAGUUAAUGUAUGGAGUUCCAAUUUAGUCUGCGUAGUAUACAGUGGACUAAAUAUUUGAUUUGGUGCCGCCCAUUGUCGUUCUGUAUAUGUUGCUACUUGAAAUUCAUUUUAUUCGUGUAACUCGUGUAUUUAUUUAGUUACUAUGAGAUUUGCAAUAUUGUAAGAACGUUUGUUUGUUAUAUGUGCAAGUGUUUUAAACUGUUCAGAA